GUAAGAUCGAGGCUCUCAGUAUCUCCAUCACUUCUUCAAUAAGUCUUGAUAUUGAUGAUCCCAUCGGUGUUUCUUUCGUUUGCUCGUAGAUUUUUUGUUGUAUUGGAAGUUUAUUGUUAAGCAUAAAUCGAUGACUUGUAGUAAACUUUGACUUUGAAGCUUCAUGUACUUUAAGAGGUUUCUGUCGUUGGUGAGAAGCAGGGAUAGGGUUUCCUUUGCUAAGCUUAUUUCAAUUGAGGUGAAUAAGGCUGUCACAUCAAAGAAUGUCAUCAGUUCAUCAUUGUUAAUUUGAAUGUCCUUAAUGUGAUCCAGGAAGUGUAUAGGGGAUUUGAUGGAGUGAUUGAAUGUUCCAAUAUUAAUUAAAUUCCUCUCGAUAAAUUGAAUGUUAGAGUUCCAAGGAGUGAUACAGUUGAAUGUAAUGGGAUAUUUGGUUUGUGUACUCUCGGCCUUCUGUAGAAUGGGGGGUGCACUGGUUCAUUGGAUUUCAUUCUCCAUUGAUCUUGCUUUGAUAUUUAUCCUACUUUGACAAGCUUGUUUAAAGUCUUCGAAAUUUGGUUCCUUAACCUGUUGACCGGAUUUUUGUCUAUUGGUUUCUAUGCACUUUUAUCCUCAAGUAGUUCCUCGGCUUUCCUGAUAUAUUCUUCCUUGUCCAUAAUCACCGUAGUGCGUCCUUUGCCCACUGGAACUAUGACAAUAUCUUCUCUAGUUCUCAGUUUCUUUAAAGCUUUUUGUUCUUGUGUAAUCAGUUGGGUCUUGUCUUUCUUCUAUCGAGUUAGCAGUACUAUGGUGUGCCUUAUUUACUGUUGGUUUAUUUCACUUAUUCUAGCAGUUUUGACUGAUGACUCUAGUGCGGCGAAGAAUUUGAGGUGUCACUUGUACUGUAGUUUAGCCUUUUUCGGAGUACGUGUUCCUCUAUGUCAGAGGUUCCUUUUGCAGGCUGACCACUCAGUGGUUUGUGCUUUUUCCAUGAGUGGUUAUGAAAUCUUGAUUUGUUUUUUUUUUUUUGAGGGCUUUUCUUCUUUGUUCCCUGUGUUGUCUGAUAACUCGAUCGCUGUUGUCAAGAUUACCAAAUAUUCUGAUGUGAAUAUCCCCUCUACCCUCUUUCGGUCAUCCAUGAGUGUUGGUAUUUCUGAAUCCUGUAGUAUGCAUCAGUUAUCAUUAGGCGUACCAUUUUUAUUUCACUUUUUUCAUCUAUUCUCCAUUCCAUUGGGCAGUUGGUUGGAGGUCUGUAUCUUACACUUGUUAACAGAACACGCUGACGGAAAUACUCGUGGAGUAAAUAGAGUUGUUCGCCAAUGGAAGCCUGUCUUUUGUCAAACUUCUCCCAUAUCUAAACAAUGCAAAGCGUGUUAUGUUCAUAUGAUUUUGAGAUGAUGGAG